CCGAUAUCUCAAGCUGAUGAGUUAAUACUGUAAUCAUGUUCCUGAACCUGUUUCAAUGCGUGACAGCGUAAGCUUAUCAGCGACCCAACAGAAAUCCACAUCGCGGCUUGUACUCAAAUUUACUGUAUCGAGUUUACCUUUCGACAUUCCCAACAGCCAACAUGACUUUUAUCGCCUGUAAUCUUGUUUAUUUUGACUCAUAACUCGCUCGAACUAACUUGUAAGCGAGAAUUUUUUGUUUCAGUCGUUCCCGUUUGGUUGUUCAUACAUACUUGAAAACGAAUUACCAACGACAUACCAGCGGAACUGGUCUGGUACCGUAGAAAGGAUUUGAUACGAAACGAUCUCAUGAUGUCUGCAUCCAUCACUCCCUUUCUUUUUCUGUUGAUUACUCUGAUCUUGGGGAUUGGAGUCCAUGGUGUGCCAUACAAGAAUUACGAUAUCCGCAGAUGCGAUGCAGUCGUCCUGCUGGAUUGUCCUACCACUGCGACAGGGAGCGCGGGCCGCGUGACAUUCUAUCCCUACAUUUCCAUCAACACGUCGCGUGCCAAAACCGAUACUCGUUACAAUUAUUACGAAUCGGAUUAUGGCGGAAACUGUGAGCAAACCGGUCCUUGCAAACUGAAAGUGCAAACAGUAAAAGAAUGCGGAGAUCCGCUUGGAAGUAACUAUGCUAUCUACUUCAACGUCAGAAAUUUCGAGAUUCCGCGAUCAUCGCGUCUGGAGAUCUACGACGCCUCCGGACAGGGGGAGCCCGUGAUGAAACGCGGCUGGAACGGAGGAGAUGGCUGGCAGCAUUACAAUCCGACUUCCGUGGCGCAGGUGCGCUCUGACUACGCCCGCCAGCCGGCAUUCUCCGUUGAGUACUACCAUGGAAGGGCCCAGUGCCGUAGCGCGCGGAAGGUGGUCUUCGAUUAUGUGAUCACUGAAGCGCUGAGCACGGUGAAUAAUACAUACUGUACCGCUCUGGACGGUUAUGUCAAUAGCCAGUAUAUCUGCGAUACAGCCGAAGAUCGCGUUAACUGUCCGGCUUGGAUAUCCGACAGUAUGAGUUCCUUGGAGCCGGCAUAUCAGCGACAGUACUGCUUGCCUAGUUAUUGGAUCAUUGGCGGAAUCGCGGCGGCCUCGGUGGUGGGUCUAGUGAUCCUAAUUGUGCUGUUAGGGCUGUGCCGUCGUCGCUGCCGAACGUGUGCCUGCGUGUGUCGUCCGCGGAAGAUCUGCAACUGGAACAGCCAGCGAAACUGCAACUUCUGGAGUCCGUACUGUUCCUGCGCCAUCAAAUACGACAUCCAGUGUGAUACCGGAAGUGAUGAGAGACUUCUUGCCAAGAAGAACGAUUUGUUGGAGGAUUGAUUGUGAUGCAACAAUUGCGGGUGAAUCCAUUAGUGAUUUUUCUACCUGCAGAAAUGCGCACUGGAGGUUCCUUUUAUUGUUUUUAAUUUCGUUUUUUUGCCUUUUUAUUCGUCACUAAAUUUUUAGCCUGCUUUUUCUCGGGGCAAGAAAAAUAGCGUUAAAUUAAGUUUUUCCGCAUACCUUUAAUAAAUAUCCUAUUCCGGAUACAAACUAACCAGGGCACAUUUUCCGGGUCCAAAUUCAGAAAAAUCUGAUCUUUGGCAGAAACAUAGUAUACCAUCGUAGUAUUUAAAAAAAAUAAUUUCAGCUACUGACACUCAAAGGGCGUAGGAACAAAAUUAAUAAGUAAAUAAUACCAAUGCACUAGCGCAAUACCCGCACAGGCUUUCUAUAAAAUAACAGCAUAUCAGGAAAGUUUCACCUCUUGCAGAAACGUAGCAUUUUGCCACAUUAUGGUUAAUGAAAAAUUUCAUGCGAACGUUGAGACGACACAGUAGAAAAACCAUUUUGUAGCUGCGAUUCUUUGCGGUAGUGCAACAGUACGUACUUACCACAUACUGCCGCUGUAUUUGGAUUCCGGAUUUUGCUAAUUUCCUCACGGUGUGCAGUGUGCCCCCGGAACUUGUUAAAUAUUAAAGUUCAUUAAGCGUGCUAUAGUCGUACACUGUCAAUCGGCAAAAGACGAGUUCCUGAUUUAUUAUUAUACACUGAUACAAACAGCUGUUCGAGUACUACACUAGUGCAGUCACUGCAGUGCAAUAGUAUGUACUAUUACAGUAUUACUUACUUAUUACUUUUGUUUGUCCACGCCCUUUGAGUGUCAGCAGCUGAAAUUAUUUUUGUUAAUAUACUACGAUGGUAUACUAUGUUUCUGCCAAAGUUCAGAUUUUUCUGAAUUUGGACCCGGAAAAUGUGCCCUGGUAAGUACCAAUAAAAAAUUUAUAACAGAAACACUUCCGCUUUGCUAUCCUGGUCAGGGAUUGUUCCCAUUACCCAUAUUGCAUUUCCACGUUGUAUUUGGAUAGAUAGUCGCUGCUUAAAGAACUCUUUCGCCCGUUUCUGGCCGGUGGAAGCUGCCAGAAACGGUCGAAAGUUGUUCCUAAAUUAAGUUGUUCAAAAUUCAGAUGUAGUGGAUCUUAUUAGUCAUUCUGCUUUGUUUUUGUUACCGAGCGUUUGUAUAAAAAUUUAAAACAGUACUUGUAUCGGUUAAUGUACAAUACAGCGUGACACAGUAAUUAUUCCCAAUUUAUUCUGCUAGUAACCAGUAACCACUAUACCAAACCGUCGCUUGGGUCAUUGCCGCCUUUUGUAGACAGUGCACAUAUAUGAUGAUAAGCAUCUGGACUCUUCCAGUGCAAAGGUUUACCGAGCCGCUUUUGCAAGAGCUGUGCUUCUGUUUAAUGAAGAUAAAUGCCGGUGUUAAAGUGGCGGUAUGUUUGGACUGUCUGAGUUAUAGGGUAUCGAAUACCGCUAUAUUAAUUCUACAAUACCGAGGUGUUUAUGGACUCUGGUAACCACGUGGAUGCGGUUCUUGAAAAUACUUCCUUGGCCCCGAUCAUAUCUAACACCGUCGGUUAAAGCAGAUGGUUGUAUUAUUUUGGUAUUUUACAAUAAAAGAUAUUCUUCUGAUAGCUGCUUUACUUUGAUUUAUUCAUUGCAUAAAACUAUACCACAAUACUUGACUUGUAUCCUCUCUACCGAAGCAACACAAUGAUUUUCUAUGCUCUAUUAUUAAUGGUGCUGGUGGCAUUCAUCGACAGUUGUUGUGGUUCCAUGUACAAAACGUAUAAUUCCCGCAAUCGCUGUGGUGAUGUUAUCCACCUUGACUGCCCGACAGUCUCCGCGGCCAGCGCCGGUCGUAUCGAAUUCCGACCGCAGUUAACUGUCGUUAAGAUGAGCGACAACCUUACCGAUUACGGUUAUGCCUACGAUGUGUGUCACCAGCGGGAGGCGUGUAAACUGACCGUAAAAACAGCGCAAGCGUGCGGAAACACUGGAGAUGAGUACGCCAUAUACUUCAGUCUGCGAACAUUCGAGUUACCUCAAGGUUCGCGGUUAGAAAUCUACGAUAUAACUAAGGACCAGAGCUUACUCAGAUCGUGGAGCGUUAAACCGAAUUAUUUUCCGGCUACAACCACUGUCAAGAGCGCUGUGCCGCCAGAAGUCAUCGGUCAGCUGCUGUCGGAUUUCACUCCCCAACCGGCCCUCUUUCUCGAAUAUUUGCACGGAACGGGAGCUUGUCGCGGUUCACGGAAGGUGGUCUUCGAUUACAUUAUUGUUGAGAGCCAGAGUACGGGAAACAACACCUUGUGCAAAGCCUUGAGUGGCUACGUAAAUAACGAGUACAUCUGUGAUACCUCCGACGAUCGGAUUAACUGCCCGUUGCAUUUAUCGGAAUCGACUGAAAAUAUGGAAGAAGUUUACAAGCGUCAGUACUGCGCGCCGACUGGAUGGGUCAUCGGUGGAAUUACAACCGGCGCCGUCAUCGCUGGCCUGGCGCUGAUAGUCCUGGUAAUCCUUUUGGUUGGCCACUGUCGCAGGCAUCCCUGCACUUGCCGCCCUACAAAGUUUUGCACAUGGUCCAGCGAACGCAAGUGUAAUUUGUGGAGCCCGUAUUGUUCGUGCCUGUUUCGCUACGAGAUUCAGUGUGAUACUGGAAGCGAUACGCAUUUGCUGUCCAAAACGAACGAUACCACCGAUGAGUAGCUACUCUGACCCGAAAUAGAAAGUUUAAACUGUUAAAUCUGAUGUCGCCUUUAAAAUUAUUAAACAUUCCGGAGCAGGAACGGAGUGACUACCAUCAAAACAUACUUCAACACGUGAUUCUGUUAAAUGCUAUGCAGAAGGCACAAUCCGUAUGCGGUUAGGCUAGACCUCAAAAUAAAGACAGACGAAGG